UCUGUUAUCCUUAUCAAUUCAUAUUCAAUCGGCUCGUGUCGUCGCGUCCUAUGCCUAUCUAUGCGUCAUAUUCAUUACCAUUAUAUUGGUUUUCUGCAUGACAGUCACUGACUUUUCGGAAGUUAAAAUUAUGUUAGACUUUUGCUUGGGAAGAUGAGAUCGUUAGUCAAUUAUCUCUAAUUUUCCUCAAUUUUCACACCACCUUCCUAGUUCCUGACAGUGAUGGGCUCAGCGGAGGAUUUCAAUGAAGCAAUUCUGAGAGGAGGAGACUUUGCCAAUCUGGACAUCAUCCAGAAAGAGUUAAACAAUUGUUUGGCAAGAAUGAAAGUGGAAGAUGAAGCCUUUAAAAUGCAAUUUAUGGACCGCAAUAUCCAUACACUUCCGGAGAAUAUCCUCAGUCCGUUGGAGAUCACAGCUGAUCAUCAAAUUGCACAGGACAUUGACGAAAUCAAUGAUAUAAGUAUUUUAUUGAGUACCUCUGAGUCAGUUUUAAACAGAAUCAAACAAACUUCAAUUCAGCGUCAACUAAAUUGUGACAAGCGGAAAUUAAGCACUAUGCAGAAACAGUUGGAUCAGUCUGUGAAAAUUUUGUCAAGAGAAGAAAGGCAUUACCAGGAAGAAAAACGAACAAAAGAAGAACUAGUUAAAAAUCUAAAAACCAAAACUGUUCUUCUCAAAUCCGAAAUGGGAAAGGCCCAUGAUAAUGUUGAAGAAUUAGAAAAUUCUAUUUACACACUUUCAGAAGACAUCGAGAACUUGCACAUGGAAAACUCAGAAUUGGACAAGCAAAUUUCAGCCAAAGAGGAUGAUUUAAUAGAAGUUGGUAGGCUCCCCCCAAGUUUCACCGAAGCGGAUGAGAGGAUACGAGAACUGAAAGAAAAGAUAAGAAAACUUGAUGCCCGCAUAAAGAGGAAACUUAACGGUUGAUAUUUUACUCUCUCUUAUUUCCUUGGAAUUUUAAGUGUGAUUUAGCAUUUUGCUUAUAUGGAAUUGUUCAUUUUUAUCACUUUGUUACCUACUAAAUACAUUCAUAUUUCUAAUA